AUGAAACGCAGCCUGGCAUGUCGGACACCUCUCACUGUCACUGUUCAUGUGAGAUCGAGUGCCUGCACAUCACAUCAGCAGGCAAAGCUGCUUAAACUAAAGCACCCUGCUUUUAAAGACCAUGAAGAAAACAGUGAAAAAAGUGUUAUUGAGCAUAUGAAUGAGUGUCCAAACAGAUCACAUCUGAUUAUUCAGCGUCAGGAAAUGGCAACUUUCUUUAGAUUAUUUGACGAUGAUCUAAUCCAAGACUUCCUUUGGAUGGACUCUUGCUGUAAUGUUGCAGACAAGUAUCUCUUGGCAAUGACUUUCGUUUACAUCAAGAGGGCUAACUACACCCUACAUGAAUAUACCAGAAUGAAUUUCUUUGUCGCUCUGUAUCUGGCAAACACAGUUGAAGAAGACAAUGAAGAAUCAAAGGAUGACAUUCUUCCAUGGGCUUUGGGAAAAAAGUGGAGAAAGCUGUACCCUGAUUUCUUAAAGUUAAGAGAUCAGCUAUGGAGGAGAAUUGACUACAGGGCUAUUGUAAGCAGACGCUGCUGUGAAGAGGUGAUGGCUAUUGCUCCAGAACAUUAUAUAUGGCAGCGAGAACGCCCCACGAACCACACUGGAGCGCUGAGGAGUUAUAAGGCACAGCAGUGCCUGCUGUGUGGCAAGAAAGUGGGAUUAUCAUCUUCCUCCUCAUCUACUAGUGCUUCAGAGAUGAUGGCAAUUGAUUCAUCCCAGAAUUCCAAAGACAACUUUACAUCUUAAAAAACGCUCAUUGACUCUCCUUCUUAUUAUGACCAAGACUGUCUUUCCAGCAAAAGGUGACCAUGUGGCACCUUGAACCAAGAUAAAUCCAUGGGUUGGUUUACAAACAAUGAAGUAUGA